UCACUCUCUCUCUUUUUUUCUGGAGUAGCUCUAUUUCCCCUCCCUCCCCCUUCCCCCUCUGCCUCUCUCCUCUCUCCCUCUGUCUUGUCGCUGGUGUUUGUCUCUGGGAGGAUCAGGGGCUGCCUGCUUGGAGUUUGUUGUGGGGGGAGGUAGGGGGAGGGGAGGGGUGUGUGGGAGGGAGGAGGGAAAGGGGGGUGUUCUCGUCAGGACCCCUCAGUCAACUUGAGAUUUGAGCAAUAACUUCCCCUUCGGGGCGCCCCCCUGCGUGCCCUUCCCAUACCUCCCCCCCCGAAAAAAAGACAAUGGGAAAACCUUGGCUCCCCCCCUCCUCCCCUCUGCCCUCCACCCCUCCCCAGGAUAAAUUGGAAGUAAGUUUAGGAGCAGCCUCGGGAUCCUGGGCGCAGAGUGCAGGGCCGGAGCGGGUGACAGAGGCGGCGUGCCGGGGGCGGCAGGGAGGGGGCGUCACAUUGUCCCGGAGGGGGGCCGGCCGGGGGCCGCGGGCGGGGGCGGGGGGCGCGGAGCCUCGCCCGCCCCCCUCGGCUGUCCCUUGGCCCGGGGAGGGUAGCUGGGGCCCCUCCACCCCCCCCACCCCACCCUGGGAUGCUGUCGGGGGGAAGUUUUUAUUAUGGUUAUUUAAUUAAAAAAAUUUUUUUUUUUUUGGAAAACCAUCUUGUUUGGUGACUGAGGGAUCUGGUUUAAAAAAAAAAAAAAAAGCUGCGGCUGCUGACGCUGCCGGGCCCGAGUGUGUGUGUGUGUGUGUGUAUGUGUGUGUGAGUGUGAGUGUGUUGGUGCAUUUGUCUUGGGUGGCCGGAGCAGCGUUGGGGAAAUUCCGCUUAUUCUUCUUCUUCUGCAACUUGUUAUUCCGGAGAGUCUGCCUGCACCCCUCACCCUGGGGCCGGCCCUCCCGCAUUCGCCCCCGCCGCCGGCGGCCGCGGGGCGCCCCCGGGACCCCAAGCGGGCCGGGGCGGACAGGCCGCUCCGAGAGGGGCCGCGGCCGCCCCUCCCCCGCCCGCGCCCCCGCCGGGGGGAGGGGCGCGCGGAGUGGGACUCUUUCCGUUUGGUCCAGCCCCGUCGUGCACGCAGUUCCCAACACUUCUCGUCAUCCUCUCUUUGGUCUCUUUAUUCUGCUGAGCGGUGCUGUUAGGAUUUCUUUUUUUUUUUUUUCUCCCCCUGACCACGUUCGCAAUGGUGGGUAGCAGCAAGGUGGCCCUGUUAGGGGAGGGGUUGGUAUCGAGAUUGGGCACCGGGGGAGAACGUCUCCUUUCAACUUUGUCUGUGGCUUGCACCCCCGGAGAAGGCCACAGGCCGGUUGUGGGGUGCAGAUGUGCCGAGAGUGAUUUCUAAGUAGUUGAGUUGUUGUGAUGAGGGUACGACUGCUAAUGGUCGGCAGGUUUUGUUUUCAUUGGUGAAUCUGGUGUCAUCAUAUUCCGGUCAUAUGUUGAAAUAUUCUUUGUUUAGGUCUGGAAGUAGAGGAUCUCACUCUGCACGUCCACAUUGUGUUGUUUUUAAAAUGAUGUCUCUGGGAGUAUGGAUUUCUAGAAUUUCAAAUCUGAGUGAAGGUCCGGACUUGUGUGGGCCUCGUUACCUGGCCUUGACAGUGAACUUUGUGGGUGUGUUUCGGAUUUCAAAGAUUUGCCCCAUAGCUGGGGACCGAGUUGUGCAUUUUUGCUAAUAGUCGGUGUCAGGAAUAUAGAUGCUUGAGCUGGAGAAGUUAGAGAGGGAAGAACAUUUAUAUAUAAAUAAUGGGUAGUUGAAUAUUAGAAUCAGAUUAAUUUGGGCAGAUGAAAGUUUGUUUGUUUGUUUUAAAGCAGUUAUGCACUCUGGGAAGGAAGCCUUUUCACAGGUUCACUUGAUAGGGAUUCUUUAAGGCGAGGGGUUGGAAUUAUCUCCUUUUUGAGAGGAUUCUCAUCAACAUCUGUAGCUUUAUUGAGGGCCUGAUAAGGGUACUGAAAUUGGGGCUAAACCAUGUUAGCAUACUUUUCAGUAUUUAUGAUAUUUGUUUACAUCGGGUGUUCACUUUAAUUUGGGCAAUAGAAAUAAAUAGGUCAGCUUUGCUUUUGGCCUUUGAAGUCUGGCCCCCUCCUUCCUUCUUUAAGUUUCACAAUUUACUUGGUUUACAGCAUUGUUGGAAACUGUUACUACAUUUUUACUGGAAAUACUAUUAUUCAUUUUAAUUUUGGUAAGUUCCUUCUUAUUCUCUUCUUCUGUCUUCACUUGUUUAUGGAAUCUGUGUUGUGGGCUUAAGCUAGUUUAUUUUAGAAGAUCAUUAAAAAUGUCUGAAAAAUACAUUUUCAAAUCCGGGGACCUAUCUUUUGAUGGCAAAGAGGAAAUUUUGUGUGCAGUUAUACUAAUGUUUAUUUAAAAUAUUUCUGUACUUAAAACGUUUGUAGAUGUACAACUAUCCUUAAGUGAAGAGCAUAGUAAUAGUGCACAGAGUUCUCAAAGCACAAACAUCUGGCUAACAUGUUAAAAAUCUUCCAGGUGCUUUUGUUUUGUUUUUUAACAUCAGACUUUUGCUUUUGAUAACAAUAGUAUUUGCAGUUUGACUGGCAUUGCUUGACUGCCCAUAAUAAAGUUUUUUGCUUGGGUGCUAUUGAAGGCUUUUUAACUUAGUUUUUAGAUAAUUUUGCAGGCUUGAUGUAAGCAUGUUAUAUUUUGAACUCAGGCAAGUUGUUAUGGAACUGGAGUAGUAAAUAGAUGAAAAAGACACCUACCUGGGCUAAUUGUAUUUUUAGAAGGUGUAAGUGAUGGAUGGGGCCUAUUUCUUUUAGCCUUGAAGGGUCCAUCCUUUUUCCUAUUCAGUCAUCUGGAAGGACCUGCCUCUGAAAUAUUCUUCUUCUGCUUACAUGAAGAUCUCUAAAUGCUAUCCAGCAGGAGGUGCUACAGCAAGAUAAAGGAUAUUUUUGAAUUUUGAGGGUCUUGCUACUUAUUACAGCUUGACUUAGCUUCAGCUAAGCAACAGGAUUAACACCUUAAAGUUCCAGAAAGAUUUUGAUAUAAUUUGAUCAGAAGCCCAGGCUGUUCUAAAAAGACCUUGAGAUUUUUGGCUUAUGGUGAUGAUGUGGCAAACUCCUUAGAAUGUUUCUGCUGUGUAUAAAAUGUCCUUGCACCUCAGUUUCUCCCUAAGAAAUACAUGCCCCCAAAAGGACUAUCACGCCAGUAGCUGAAUUUUGAAUAGUAUUCAGCUCUGCUUGUCUAGUACUCGUUGCAUCUAUACCACAAGCCUUUGGUUGACUUCAGAAAGUUCAAAAGAUAAUGAAAAUUUCUUUGUUUACAAUGUUUGCAGUGGUAGAACAUCCAAACUACUUGAUUAAAGAAAAGAAGAUGCUGCAAAAAUGCCCCUUGCGUUACAGUGUGUGUAACCUUAGAAAAGUUCUGUUGUGUUUAGAAGCAUGUACCAAUAUAUCACUGUAGUUCCCAGUGUUACAGGAUUGAUGUAUGAGAGCCCAGUAAGCAGCCCCAGAAAGAAGGUGUUGUUUCCAAAUAUCUUAUGUCUUUACAUUAAUUUUCUCUUUUAGGACACUGACUUCUUUUAGGUUCUUGAAUUUGUAGGCUAUGUUUAUUUGCAUGACUUGUCCCUUUUGGGUGUUUGAGAAAGGAAAGGGAUGCCUGGGGAUAACUGGAAAAUGGGGCUAGGGAGCUGAAGGAGAGCCAGUUUCCCCAAAAUUGGACUUCUCAGAACCUUUAAUAUGCUAAUGUGCAUUGUGAAUCUCCAAGAGGGGGAUAUGAUAUGCAGCAUUCUUGAAUACUUCUAAUGACAGGGAGCCCACUACCUCAUAAGCUGCAGUGAGAAGAGGAGUUUGUUACUUUAAACAGAGGCUGAAGAAACUAUAGAAUCAGCAGAGAAAGUGGAGAAGGUAGAGGAUGGAGUUGCAGACUCUACAGGAAGCUCUUAAAGUGGAAAUUCAGGUUCACCAGAAACUGGUUGCUCAAAUGAAGCAGGAUCCACAGAAUGCUGACUUAAAGAAACAGCUUCAUGAACUCCAAGCCAAAAUCACAGCUUUGAGUGAGAAACAGAAAAGAGUAGUUGAACAGCUACGGAAGAACCUGAUAGUAAAGCAAGAACAACCGGACAAGUUCCAAAUACAGCCAUUGCCACAAUCUGAAAACAAACUACAAACAGCACAGCAGCAACCACUACAGCAACUACAACAGCAGCAGCAGUACCACCACCACCACCCCCAGCAGUCAGCUGCAGCCUCUCCCAACCUGACUGCUUCACAGAAGACUGUAACUACAGCUUCUAUGAUUACCACAAAGACACUACCUCUCGUCUUGAAAGCAGCAACUGCGACCAUGCCUGCCUCUGUGGUGGGCCAGAGACCUACCAUUGCUAUGGUGACCGCCAUCAACAGUCAGAAGGCUGUGCUCAGCACUGAUGUGCAGAACACGCCAGUCAACCUCCAGACGUCUAGUAAGGUCACUGGGCCUGGGGCAGAGGCUGUCCAAAUUGUGGCAAAAAACACAGUCACUCUGGUUCAGGCAACACCUCCUCAGCCCAUCAAAGUACCACAGUUUAUCCCCCCUCCUAGACUCACUCCACGUCCAAACUUUCUUCCACAGGUUCGACCCAAGCCUGUGGCCCAGAAUAACAUUCCUAUUGCCCCAGCACCACCUCCCAUGCUCGCAGCUCCUCAGCUUAUCCAGAGGCCCGUCAUGCUGACCAAGUUCACCCCCACAACCCUUCCCACAUCCCAGAAUUCCAUCCACCCCGUCCGUGUCGUCAAUGGGCAGACUGCAACCAUAGCCAAAACGUUUCCCAUGGCCCAGCUCACCAGCAUUGUGAUAGCUACUCCAGGGACCAGACUCGCUGGACCUCAAACUGUACAGCUUAGCAAGCCAAGUCUUGAAAAACAGACAGUUAAAUCUCACACAGAAACAGAUGAGAAACAAACAGAAAGCCGCACCAUCACCCCACCUGCUGCACCCAAACCAAAACGGGAGGAGAACCCUCAGAAACUUGCCUUCAUGGUGUCUCUAGGGUUGGUAACACAUGACCAUCUAGAAGAAAUCCAAAGCAAGAGACAAGAGCGAAAAAGAAGAACAACAGCAAAUCCGGUCUACAGCGGAGCAGUCUUUGAGCCAGAGCGUAAGAAGAGUGCAGUCACAUACCUAAACAGCACAAUGCACCCUGGGACCCGGAAGAGAGCCAAUGAGGAACACUGGCCAAAGGGUGAUAUCCAUGAGGAUUUUUGCAGCGUUUGCAGAAAAAGUGGCCAGUUACUGAUGUGUGACACGUGUUCCCGUGUAUAUCAUCUGGACUGCUUAGACCCCCCUCUGAAAACAAUUCCCAAGGGCAUGUGGAUCUGUCCCAGAUGUCAGGACCAGAUGCUGAAGAAGGAAGAAGCAAUUCCAUGGCCUGGAACUUUAGCAAUUGUUCAUUCCUAUAUUGCCUACAAAGCAGCAAAAGAAGAAGAGAAACAGAAAUUACUUAAAUGGAGUUCAGAUUUAAAACAAGAACGAGAACAACUAGAGCAAAAGGUGAAACAGCUCAGCAAUUCCAUAAGUAAAUGCAUGGAAAUGAAGAACACCAUCCUGGCCCGGCAGAAGGAGAUGCACAGCUCCUUGGAGAAGGUAAAACAGCUGAUUCGCCUCAUCCACGGCAUCGACCUCUCCAAACCUGUAGACUCUGAGGCCACUGUGGGGGCCAUCUCCAACGGCCCGGACUGCACCCCCCCUGCCAAUGCCGCCACCUCCACGCCGGCCCCUUCCCCCUCCUCCCAGAGCUGCACAGCGAACUGUAACCAAGGGGAAGAGACUAAAUAACAGAGCCCCUCUAGGAGAAGCCACAGGACCCCGGCGGCAAGGAGAGCAGAACACUGAAGACUCUAGAAAAGCAAAGCCGGAUUUCCGGAAAGUGCAGAAUUCUUUUGGUUCUUUGGUUCCAGAGAGAGAGAAGAUGCUUGUGCCAGGUGGCACCAGAGUUUGCCAAUUGAUCCUUCUUAUUCUGUGUGUACAUGCAAAGAUUGGACCAUGUUACAUGAAAUAGUGCCAGCUGGAGGUUCUUUGCCAGCACCAUGCCAAGUGAAAUAAUAUAUUUACUCUCUCUAUUAUACACCAGUGUGUGCCUGCAGCAGCCUCCACAGCCACGAUGGGUUUGUUUCUGUUUUCUUGGGUGGGGAGCAGGGACGGGCGGAGGGAGGAGAGCAGGUUUCAGAUCCUUACUUGCCGAGCCGUUUGUUUAGGUAGAGAAGACAAGUCCAAAGAGUGUGUGGGCUUUCCUGUUUCUAAACUUUCGCUACUAUAAAACCAAAAAAAGGAAUUGAGAUUCAACCAACCCCAGUGCCCAGAAGAGGGAAUGGGAGUGGCUGGAGGGAGCCGGGGGUGGAACAGUGUAUCACAGAAGCAGUAUUUAAUCACGGCUGGCGGGGGCCUCGCAGGGGAGACUGACACCAAGGACAGCCAGUAGGUUCUUCUCCCCCACGCCCUGCUCCCUCCCCAUGGGAACUCCCCAUCCUGAAGCCUGCCCAGCCUCCUUCCUUCCCUGCUUGGUGAAUCGCGCAUCCCCGUGUUAUCCCACUGUCUCCUCUCCAAGAACAAGCAGAGCCCAGGCCGCAGGCCCUUGCCUGGGGCAGGGAAGAAAGAUGUGUAUGUCCAGGAAGGAAAAAAGGUGGAUCAGUGAUUUUACUUGAAAACAAGCUCCAUCCCUUUUCUAUAUUUAUAAGAAGAGAAGAUCUUGAGUGAAGCAGCACGCGACCCAGGUGUGUGUGAAUUGAAUGGAGACAUUUCUUUCCUCUUUUUUUUUUUAAUUUUUGUUUUUGUUCUUUUUUUCUUUAAGGAAAGUUUUAUUUUAUUGUUCAUUUUACUUUCUUGGUAACAAAAACUAAAAUAAGGAAUAGAAAAGCUGUUUUUCAGGCUGACAGUCCAAUUAAGGGUAGCCGAGACCUUGCAUGGUAGAGUAGGAAUCAUAGUGUCAGUGAGGUCCCGUGAGUCUUUGUGAGUCCUUGUGUCAUCGUUCGGGCACUGGUUUUUUAUGCAAGGGCAAAAAUCUUUGUAUCUGGGGGGAAAAAAAAAAAAAAACUUUUUUUUAAAUUAAAAAGGAAAAUAAAAGAUAUUGAGGUCUUCCUAGUGUUACUUAAAUUAAGAUCAAGGUAAGAAACAUUGUAAAAAAAAAAUUACAAAAGUGCUAUUUGUUUCCUAAAAACAGUGAUUUCUAUUAAAAAGGUGUCAGAACUGGAGAAAAUGCCGUGUAGUUAUAAUUUUUUAGCACAGACCCUGCUGAUGACGAUGACAUUUUGCCGUGUGUGUCUCUAGACUGUGGGCCAGUCUCCUUGACGGACAGGGUGGAGCUCCCCACCCUUCUCUCUCCUCAGAAAAGACCGUGCUCUCUUCUUGGUGCAGGGAUCUUGUCUCCUGUUGUGAAGCCCAAAUGGAAGUCUGGACGGUGUCAGGGCCCUCCCCAUGGUCUUCUUAGAUUCUGCUAGAGCAAAAGGCUGGUGCCUAAAUAAGAUCCCUUCCUUUGGUGCUGCUUUUGGUCUUUCAGCCACCAGCAUUAUGAGUGCCUGGGGGACACCUCCAAGGGAACUGGCCAGUGGAGCUCAGUGGUGCCCAUGCACCCUGGCUGUGGCAGGAGGGUGCAGGAGUGCAGGCUGGCUGCAUCAGCCCUUGGUGCUUAGAAAGAACAGAGGAGUGACAUGUCUCGAGGGUAUGUCUCUGAGACAGAGCCCCAAAGCUCUGUCUUGCUUUUGGGGAGAGGUCUGAAGCUCUCACUCCUUUCUCUGCCUGUUGGCUUCAGGCACCAGAAAUGGAAUUCAUUCCACUCCUCCCACCCACAAGUCUCCUGGGUGACCCUUGGCUAGAAUUGCUGCGCUUGCCUUGGCUUGGCCUGUUGUGGCCUCUCCUUCUUGAGAAAACCAGGGUUCUGAAAGGUUCAGACCAUUCUCUCAUCUUGCCUUGUGGGAAGUAAACGGUGUCAGAUGCGUGCUCUGGCUGGAGACCUUUGCCUCUUGCAUGCCCCUGGCUGAUGGCAGGGCAGUGGAGGCUCCGUACCCGGGCCCUGCUGGAGCAUCUCCCUGAAGCCCACUCCAGGCCCUGGUAACAGCCAGAGUCGGGGAGGGGUAGAAACGGUCCCAUUAGCUUCUCUCCCACCCAGUUAGGCCCAGAGAGACAAAGACAGAUCUGAAGGCAAAUUCAACAGAAAAGAGACGCUUCUUAGAGGAAAAUGUGUCUCAUCCAUAUCAGCUGUCGCCAUUCAUCUUCCCAAGGACCUCAGAAGAGGGAGUUAAGUUUGGCUGAACAGGCCUCAGUUAGGCCCUGGCUGCUUGAUUGGCUGACGGGGAGAGUUCCCUUUUCUCAGAAACCAAGGUGCUGUGCCUGGUCAGGGAGGCUUGGAGAUGCCUGGACUAGUUGGAGGAAUCGGUGGCAGAGGAUCAGAGACCAGCAGCAGGCUGCCUGCCCUGUCUAGAGCUCUUCCCCUCAACUUGUCUGGGCCCAUCUAGGGGUUGCCGCAACAGUUAACUCUCCUUUUCCUGAAAGAAUUUGGGAAGCCAUCAUCACUAGAGGCCUUUGCUCGGAGAGGAGCUGCCUGAGGAGUCUCAGGGGUGGGGGGAUUAGGCUAGGAAUUGACCAGGGCUUUGCCUGCCGCCCUGAGCAGCGUGAGUACAUUCUGACCUCGCCUGCAGCUGGGCUGUGGAUUCUUCCUGACGUUCAGAUGUGAUCUGUUUUGGGAGCCAGCUAGUAUGGAGUGCAAGAUGCAAUCCUGCCCACAAACCUACAUUCUGGACUCAAAUUCCAAAACACUGCUUUACUGUAAAGAAGAGGCCCCCGGCACUCAAUCUCCCUGUCCUUCACUGUUCCCCCAGACUGCCAGAGACACACGCUCGUGACACUGCGCCACCCAGCCACCUCCACUUGCUUCCUCCUCCUUCCUUGCGCUGCUCUUUCCCCAUGGCCCAGAAUUUAGCUGCUCUGACAGCUACUUAUCUGAGACCAGCUGGCUUUGCAGUCACUUCAGAGAGCUGGAGUGGCUGCCCACUGGGCCCUGCCUGGGAGUCCCCUGCCAGCUCCUGAUCAGGCGCUGCGCCCUGGUGGCAGUGAGGUCAUGUUGCUGUCAUCUCCACCUCUGCAUUCUUGCUGCCUGCGGGUCCUUUUUCUUUCAUGGAGCCUGCUGGGUCUUGUCUCACCUGUGCUGAGCUCAUCGGGGUUUUGAUUUCUUCCUUCCUUAUUAGGCCCUUUGUGGUAAGCCUGCUGGUUGUACCUGACAGGGGUAGACAGCUACGGGCAGUCCCUGGUGGGGCCACCCUGGCAGCCUCCAGCUGGCACCAUCGUGUGCCUGGCUUCCCUGCAAGGCCUGUCUCUCUGUCCCUGCUGCUUGGCUCAGGCCCAGCGGGCAAGUGUGCAUGGCGCAGGUGCACACAGCUGUGUCUGUGCGGGUGGCCGUGUCUGCAGCACACUCUGUCUCCGCAUGCACGCUGGCUCUCCAGCCACCUCUGAUACUUCUCUCUUGGGGCUAAGAGCCCUUGGGCUUGGCCCUCCCAGCUCACACACACUCUUCAGAGGUUUCUUCCCUUCAUUCCCUUGUAGGGCGUGGUCCUUCUUAUUUAUCUAAAGGGCUGAAUUUAGGAGACUACCCAGAGGCAAAAGGCUCUUAAGGUGAUGGGAUGGAGCGCGGCCCGGGCAUCUUCCAGGGCCUGGGUCUCAGAUCCCUCGGCUUCUGUUGGGUGGAGGCAUCUUUGCUCUGUGUGGACCUCGCCCCUGCCCUUAGCCAGGCACCCCUGGCAGGAAGCAGGACUCUCAUCCUCACCCUGACUUAGACUGUCCUCCGAGUCAGCUCCUCUGGGCGGUCUUCUGGCCCCCUCGCCAAAGUGAGGGGCAGGAAGCUGGGGCUGCCCUCCAGAAGCCGGGUAGGAACUCUGAAAAGUAGCUCCUGUAAACGGAAGCAGGGCUCCCCAGUUCCACUUGGCGCCCCCUCCCACAAGGCCCUUCCUCCCUGAGGACCCAGCCUCCCCCGCCCCGCCCGUCCCCAGCAGCCUUUGGGCCCUCACCUCUCCCCAGUCUCCGUGGGUCCUCAGUCCAGGUGAGCUGCAGCCAGGUGGUGGGGAUGGGCAGGCCAGAGGUCAGCCAGCUCCUAGCAGAGAAGAGCCAGCCAGACCCCAACCCUGUCUCUUGUCCAUGCCCUUUGUGAUUUCAGUCUUGGUAGACUUGUAUUUGGAGUUUUGUGCUUCAAAGUUUUUGUUUCUGUUUGGUUUUUGUUUUGAGGGGGUGGGGGGGAUACAGAGCAGCUGAUCAAUUUGUAUUUAUUUAUUUUAACAUUUUACUAAAUAAAGCCAAAUAAAGCCUCU